AUGAUUCUUCGGAUAAGGAAGUUUGCCAUCUCGCCGCAUCGAUUAAAGAGCACAUGUCUAGAUUGGCCAUUAUCAGUAGGGCAGAAUGCAAGAAUUCGCUUCUCCCAGCACCUAAAAGAAAUCGAAGCCCAUUGGUCGAAAAAGCCGAACAAUUGUUCACGAUCAUCUAAUCAACAAAAGUACAUUCUUGCUAUGUUUCCCUAUCCAUCGGGCAAUCUCCAUAUGGGCCAUAUGAGGGUUUACACGUUGUCCGACGUUUUGGCUCGAUACUAUCGACUAAACGGCUACGAGGUCAUUCAUCCGAUAGGAUGGGAUGCUUUUGGUCUACCAGCUGAGAACGCCGCUCGGGAAAGGGGAAUCGACUCGAGGGAAUGGACUGAAUCCAACAUUGCAAGCAUGCGUCAACAAUUGCUGGCGACUGGCGUCGAUUUUGAUUGGGAUCGAGAAAUCCGAACAUGUGACCCUGACUAUUAUAAAUGGAACCAGUGGAUCUUUUUGAAGCUUUACGAGAAGGGUCUUGCUAAAAGGGCGUUAUCAGAGGUGAAUUGGGAUCCGGUGGAUGGUACUGUGCUAGCCGAUGAGCAAAUUGAUGCCGAAGGACGAAGUUGGAGGAGUGGAGCUCUAGCGGAGAAACGAACGCUUCGACAAUGGGUUAUAGAGACGCCACGUUAUGUUGAGCGCUUGAUGAAAGGCUUGCAAACUCUGGCCCCUCAAUGGGACGAUGUGGCUCUCCUACAGGCGAAUUGGAUCGGUCCCUGUGACGUUUAUCGUUUUCUCUUUCCAUUGAAGAAUACUGAUAAUCAAGCGCAACGCGAAGAACGACUUGAUUUGCGAUUGAAAGACCCAUUAAAGUUGGGAAAUGCUCCUUUUGUGAUGAUUUCGCCAGAACACGCUUUGGCUAAAGGACAAAAAAAUAUUGGGGGGCCCUCUAAAUUGCCCAUAGAAGUACUCAAUGGUGUUACGGGUUGCUACUUGCCGCUUUUCGUCGUCCCCGACAAACUGCUACAUUUGGGUCCACACUUUAUGAAUGCACGAUUAGCGUGUCCCGAGAUCGAUAAAGAGUGGCUGCAAACAUUUAAUUUACCGAGACAUCCGCCAAGGAAAACAAUGUCAAUGAAUUUGAAUGAUGUCUUUGAGUUGGCUCAGUUUGGCGGCUAUGCUGGCUAUCUUACCUCACGAGUGCAACGAGAUUGGGUUGUUUCAAGACAGCGUGCUUGGGGUACUCCAAUACCAAUGGUACUGAGUAAAGACGGUUUACAUGCCGCACCGUUGUCUUUUGAGCAACUUCCGGUGUUACAAGGCAGUUCGAAUAAAUCUACGAUUGAGCAUUUGGGACUCCCGGGUGGUCAGGGUAUGCUUGAGAGUGAUACGCUUGACACAUUUUUUGACUCUUCAUGGUACUACCUUCGUUUCCUCGAUCCACACAAUCCAAACAAACUCGUCGAUUAUGAGAAAGCAAAAAAGGCAAUGCCCGUAGAUGUUUAUGUGGGGGGAAUCGAACAUGCUGCUCUUCACAUGUAUUAUGCUCGAUUUAUGUGCCAUUUUCUUUACGACAUCGGCAUUUCACCUGUCGAGGAACCUUUUCACGAGCUUAUACCACAAGGGAUUGUGAAAGCAAAAACUUUCUUCAUAAAGAACUCUGGGAAAUAUGUUAAUCAAAGUGAUGUCGAAAAACAAGAUUCUAACCUUAUUCAUCGUCCAACUGGCGAGAUUGUUGAGAUGCGUUUUGAGAAAAUGAGCAAGAGCAAACAUAAUGGUAUUGAUCCAAUGGAGGCAUUAUUGCGUGACGGAAAAGAUCUCACUCGACUUCAACUCCUCUAUGCGGCUGCCCCGCGUUCGGUGAUUGAUUGGGGAGAAUUUGAUAGCCGUGGACUGACCAAAUGGCUCGAUCGGGUGUCACGAAUUGUGAGCAAUUAUAUUGAGGGUCGAACAAAGGUUGCUGCAUCACCGAACGGUUCUUCAGAUGAAAAACUGCGAGCUAUUUACAAUACGGUUGUUAAAAAGGUUACUUGGAAUCUGGAAGAAUUGCAGUUACAUCGACAGGCUUUGUGCGACUUGAUGACUCUGACAAAUCAGAUAAAUGAUAUUCCUCCAGAGGUUUUCUCGAGUAGUGAAGAAGCAGAAAGGACUCUCCGAGCACUCUUGAUUAUGAUGCAGAUUUUUGCUCCACACGCAACUCAAGAAUUUUGGGAAGCCGUGCAAAGUGUGCAGCCGAUAAACGCUCUAGCGAAUCGAGAGCUUUUAAGUCAAUCUUGGCCAGAAACGGAUCCCGAUGCACAGAUCGACUUUUUCUUAAAAAUGCAUGGCGAAAAAUUCGACACAACCUAUCAUCCCCGCUAUGACAUCGAAUCGCUUGACAUGAAAUCGGCCUUCGGGAUGAAGAAAGAUUUUCUACAAAGUGACCCUUCGUGGAAUCUAACAAAUUUGAAAGAACUUGAAACACUUGGACAUCGUGUUUAUCCGGUGGGCAAUCGAAUUAGAAAAGGUAUUUUCUACGAGUUGAGCGUAGACGUCGAACCACGAAUGCCGAGAGAUGUCUUUCAGGAAAUGGUGAAAAAAGUUGGGCAUCGAAGAGACGAGGCUCAGCGCGGAAAAAGAAAAAUGAAGAAGAAAGCACAAGGA